AGCGCAGCGAGCGCGAGGAACCCGGAAGCGUGUGGUAUUCGCGUCUAAUCGGUUUUCAAAAUAUGCUGUUUUUCUGGCUGUGUUUAAUAAUGAAAUCGGGUGUGUACACUCUCGAACUUUCGCAGGUUUGGGGAAACAGGCGUUGGGUGAAUUAUUUCGGUUAAUCCUGUGGAUGUGGCCUUGUAUCUCCUGUCCAGCUCAUGAUGUCAGUCUGAGGUAGAGCAGAAUGCAGACUUCAGGGCACCGGUUGCGGGAUGUGGAGCAGCACCAUCCUUUGCUGUCCAGUGGGGAGGAGGAGGUGACCGUGGGCCGGGUCUGGUUCAUCCAGGACGGCUGUGGCAUGGUAUGCGCCUCCAUGACCUGGUUUCUGGUGAUGUAUGCAGAAUUCGUGGUGAACUUCGUCAUGCUUCUGCCCUCCAAAAACUUCUGGUACUCCCUCAUCAACGGCGUGCUGUUCAACUUCUUGGCCAUGCUGGCACUCGCGUCGCACCUGCGCACCAUGCUGACAGAUCCGGGAGCUGUUCCGAAGGGAAACGCCACUAAGGAAUACAUGGACAGUCUCCAGCUGAAACCAGGGGAAGUCAUUUAUAAGUGCCCUAAAUGUUGCAGCAUUAAACCAGAGAGAGCUCAUCACUGCAGCAUCUGCAAGAGGUGCAUCAGGAAAAUGGAUCAUCACUGUCCCUGGGUGAACAACUGCGUUGGAGAAAACAACCAGCGAUACUUCGUGCUGUUUACUAUGUACAUCGCUUCAAUCUCUCUGCAUGCACUCUGUCUCAGUGGUUUCCACUUCUUCACCUGUGUUAAAGUCCAGUGGAACGAGUGUAGUGACUUCUCCCCUCCGGUGGCUGUCAUGCUCCUCAUUUUUCUGUGUCUGGAGGCUCUCCUCUUCCUCACCUUCACUGCCGUCAUGUUCGGCACUCAGAUUCACUCCAUCUGCAACGACGAGACGGAAAUCGAGAGGCUGAAGAACGAGAAGCCGACGUGGGAGCGGCGAGUGCGCUGGGACGGGAUGAAGGCCGUGUUCGGUGGCCCGCCGUCUUUUCUGUGGUUCAACCCUUUUGCUGGACUGAGACUGCGACGCCUCCUGAUGAUCCACGCUCGGAAGGGUGGCUCCGAGUUCGCCGUCUGAGCCCAGGCAGCUAGCGUUUUCUCCACGUGCCAGCGUGCCUGCUAAGACCCCAAGUGUAGAGGACAUAUGGCACAAUGACGCAGGUACGGGGACUCGGGGAAGAGAAUGUGUAAUAAACCCGAGGCCUAGUGGAGGAGAAGGGCCUGAAUAUGACAAACUACCUGUUAAAACCACUGGACCUCAACCCAAGGAUCAUUUUUACUUUAGCUUCUCUUGACUGGGUCUGAAUUUUUUUUUUUUUUUUUCCGUGAAUAGCUUUUUUUUUUUUAAAGGACUGUUUUUCUGUAUUUUGUUGAAAACAACUUGAAAAAAAGGAACAAUCUCAUUUCAUUUGAACCACAUUCGUCUGAAUCGUAAUCAACCAAAUUGAAAUGUCUCAUUUGCCAAGAACGUUCCAGAAUCUUCUUAUGCAUUAAGAUUUGCUCUAAUAUUCAUAGAUUUAGGGUCAUGAAACAUAAAUGACAGCUUAUUUAACUUCCUAAUAUAUUGUAAUAGAGAUGUUAAACCUCAUUUCCAACAUUUUUUUUUCUCCCCCCAUCCCAUGUAAAUGGCACUGAAUAUAUAGACGAACUAUUUACAC